CAACCUACUCACUCCACCGUCCAACACACAGAAGACAAAACUUUUAUUUUCCAUCGCCUUUACAAAAUUCGUCACGUUAAAUUUUCCCGGAAAAUCUUGAUUCCCGAGAAAAUCCCCAAAACCAACCACACGGUCUCUCGAGCAAGGCAUCCAAAUCUACACGACGGAGUUCAUCGACUGAGUGCCCGAGCGACGUUCCUCCGGCCAAGAGACGCCCUGUCCAUGCUGGUACUGCAACUUUGCUGAAUUUCUCGUACUAUGAGCAUUUCUGAUUCGAUUAAUCAGUUUCAUUGAUUCGAUUGUGAUUCAAAAGUAUCUGUAGGAUUUUAGAGAAGGGUUGAAUUAUUUACAAGUUUCCAUGGUGGGUUUGGUUGGAUAUGGAGUAAUUAGAUUAACUUGUGUUCAAAGAUAGGAUAUGAUGUCGCAGAAAACUGAGAGUAAGGAAGAUUACAGUGGUGGGGACUCUAACAGUGGCCAAUUGUUGCGUGACAUUGAAGAAAUAAGCAAAGCCCUUUACUUGUAUAAAUCCCCACCAAAUGUUUUGCUUUCCCCUUCUGAUGGAAGAUCCAAAUCUGCCGGGAAAACCCGUUUUUCGGAUUCAAACCCGAGAUUGGUUAGGGGAGAUUUGUUGCACAAGGACAAGAAAUCAUCUUCGGUGUGGAAUUGGAAGAGGCCCUUGAAGGCUCUCAGUCAUAUGGGGAAUCGGAAAUUUAGUUGUUGUUUUUACCUUCAUGUGCAUUCGGUUGAGGGGUUGCCUGUGAGUUUUAAUAAUCUUAGUGUAUGUGUGCAUUGGAAGAGGAAGGGUGAGGUGCUGCAGACUCGGUCUUCGAAGGUUGUGGAGGGCGUAGCUGAGUUUGAUGAAACCUUGAUGCAUAGGUGUUCUGUGUAUGGAAGUAGAAAUGGCGCUAACCAUUCGGUUAAGUAUGAGGAUAAGCUUUCGUUGAUUUACGUUUCUUUGAGUGGGGCUCCAGGGCAUGACAUUGGGAACCACUGGGUUGAUCUUACGAGGCUGUUGCCGCUUACUUUUGAGGAGCUGGAGGGGGGGAAAAGUUAUGGUAAAUGGACAACAAGCUUUAACCUUUCAGGCAAGGCUAGAGGGGCUAAUCUAAAUGUUAGUUUAGGAUUUUCGGUGAUGCAGCAUAAGUUAGUUAGUGUGAGGGAUAAUCCAAAUGUUCCUGAGCUUACGAACACGAGGCCAAGAGGGUCAAGUUCGUUGGAUGGUGGAGCAACGAUGCUUCGGCGAGUUGGGAGUGUGCCAAGUAAUGUAACUCCCAGGCCUGCCUUCUCAUCUCAGUCUCUUGAUUUGAAGAUUUGUCGCAAAGCAUUGCUGAAUGGAGGGUUGGAGCUCUCCAAGUCAAUUAAUUUCUUAUGUCAGACACUUGAUGAGACCAGGUUGAGUAGUGUAACGGAGUCAGAUUGUGAACAUGUGCCACCACUUGAACCUAAGACUGAUAUAGACUUCUCGUUUGCUAAAGGAAUUGAAGAGUGUGAAGAUGAUGAUACUGAAUUUACCAUUGUAGAAGUGGGGACAGAAAUGUCUGAGAAGGAAGAGUUGCAAUCUGAUGAAGUUCCUGGUCAUGCUAAUGGUGAGUCAGCAGUUGAAAUCAUUUAUUUAGAUGAGAUCAUUAACGAUUAUGACAUGGACCUUGAGGAGAAGACUAUGGUUAUUCCAAAGGAAGUCCAUGAUAGUUAUGUGGACCAGGUUGUGGUGGAUGACAGCAAACAUGAACAAGAUAGCGUAUGCAUCAAGGGAUUGGCCAUGGAUGAGGUGGAGUCUGCAACUCAUAUUCAAUUGAUUUCAGAAUCAGUAGAUUUGGAUCAUCCAUUUUCUUCAGGAGAGUUUCUUGAGGAAAGAAACCACAAGGAGCUUAAGUCGACUUACAAAGCAAGUAAGACAGGUGAAAAAUCACUUAGCUUGGACGACGUUACUGAAUCCGUGUCAAGUGAUUUCUUAAGCAUCCUUGGAAUGGAUUGUAGCAUGAGUUCUGAUAGUGAUGCCGAGUCUCCUAGAGAACGUCUUUUAAGAGAGUUUGAAAAAGAGGCUCUGGGUUCAGGAAACUUAUUUUUUGAUUUUGAUUGGAAGGAAGAGCAGCCCGAAAUUGGAUCCUGUGUUUCACCUGGUUCUGAUUCUGGAGAUUGUUAUGAGAAUUCUGAUUUGUUGUUGAUUAUUGAAGCCGCUGAAGAAGAGCACAAGAAAGAAAGUGAGCUAUUAAGGAGAAGGAAGGCCAAAAUUCUUGAAGGCUUGGAGACUGAAGCUUUGAUGCGAGAAUGGGGAUUAAAUGAAAAGGACUUUCGGAAUUCUCCUCGUACCUUCUCUGGUGGAUUUGGUAGUCCAAUUGAGCUCCCCCUUGAAGAGCCACUAUUACCUCCACUUGGAGAAGGCUUUGGUUCUUAUGUUCGGUUGAAGGGUGGAGGCAUUUUGCAGUCUAUGAAUCCUUCACUUUUCAGAAAUGCUAAAAAUGGUGGGAACUUGGUCAUUCAAAUUUCUAAUCCCGUUGUUAUACCAGCAGUAAUGGGUUAUGAUGUUAUCGAGAUGGUGCAGCAUCUGGCAUUGGUUGGAGAUACGCUGCAUGAGUGGGUGAAUAAACUAACACCUUUGGAAGAUAUUACGGGGAAGACAAUACAACAAGUAGCUUGGGAGGCAGCAGCCGCAGCGCCAAACAUAGUGGGGUCUGAAAGGUUUGAGCAGAUUUUAUAUGGCGGGCGGCAGGAUGAAGGAUGUCCUUAUAGUUGGAGUUGUAAUAACCUGAGUUCCACCGAAUUGGGAGGUAGGGAGAUGGGGUCAGACUAUGUAUCUCUAGAAUAUCUUGCUCCUUUGGCUAUGAGAAAAAUUGAAGCUUUCUCACUGGAAGGGUUAAGAAUCCAGUCCCGCAUGUCAGGUGGAGAGGCACCUUCAAGUAUAUAUCCUGAGUCUGGAGGUUUGCAACUGUGCGGUUUUGGAGAUCGUGUUGAUGAUGCCAAGGGAUUAUUGGCUCUCUCUUUAUCACUGGACGAAUGGUUGAGGCUAGAUGCUACAAUCAUUAAUAAUGAAGAUCACAGCAGAGAUCGAAUGUUGAAAAUCCUUGCUGCCCAUCAUGCCAAGUACACAGAUUUGAUCGAUGGAAAUUUGACACAAGAUACGAACUGCAGUGAUUUAUCUGGCCGGAAGUGUGGACUUUUGGGGGACAACCUCACAAUUGCUCUCAUGGUGCAGCUUAGAGAUCCCUUUCGAAACUAUGAACCAGUGGGCGUUCCAAUGCUUGCUCUAAUUCAAGUGGAGAGAGCUUUAGCCAAUUUAGAGCCAGAAGUGUCAAGUGUGCUGUUAAACGAUAGCAAAGAGAACGAACUUGAUGAGCCAGUGUUUGAGGAGUAUGGCGACAAGAUUAAAGGGGAGACCAAUGAAGGAGAUGAAGGAUGGAACCCUCAGUUUAAAAUCAUCGACGUCCACCUGUCAGGAGUGGAUACCGCACCAGGCAAGAGGCUGCUCUGGGGCACCACAACGCAACUGCAGUCUGGCUCCCGAUGGUUGCUUGGAACUGGCAUGGGUAAGACCACUAGUUUUCCACUUCCAAACUCGAAAGCCCUUGUAAGAUCAUCCACACUGGUUUCAGCAAAGAAGCAUAGAGAUUUUUUAUGGAGCAUUUCCUCUCAUUUCCAAGGAACGGAAUAUACCUGGAAAGAUUCGAUUGCUCCACACGUUCGAAACCCGAAUGUUAUAUUUCCGAAUGAAAGCAUCAAACCACACGUAAACAUGUAAUAUGUAUAUGUGCUUUCCUAGUACAGAUUCUUUUGUUUGUAGAGUGAGAAUAGAGAUGUUAAGCGGGCCAUUUUGCGUACAGGUUUUUAUGUGAUUGAUAUAUUCUCUUGUAUUAUACUUCAAAUCUGAAACUUCUUGCUUUCGUUUCUUUGUUCAUUGAAUAAAUGCUGCUGUUGAUA